AUGUCAGGUUUUCUCAUACGACCUGCGACGCCAGAGGAUGCGGACAAUAUCCUUCAACUCAUUGUCGAUCUGGCUGUAUACGAGAAAGCGCCAGACGCAGUGAAGGCAACCCCAGACCUUCUUCGCCAAAAUUUAUUUGAAAAGCAGUACGCGCACGCGUUGCUUGCUAUGAACGGGGACAAACCUGUCGGACUAGCUCUGUACUUUUUCAAUUACUCAACUUGGACCGGCAGACCAGGACUGUAUCUGGAAGACCUUUAUGUUGCUCCUGAAUACAGAAAACUAGGCCUCGGAAAAGCAUUCUUUGGCGAAUUGGGAAAAAUUGCGAAAGAAACGAACUGUGCGCGUAUGGACUGGUCCGUCCUCAAGUGGAACCAGCCCUCGAUCGACUUUUAUGAAAAGAAACUUGGUGCAAAACCUAUGUCCGAAUGGCUGGGCAUGAGGCUCGAGGAAGAUGGGAUCGACGGUUUGCAGAGUCUUGUGCUAGAAGCGGGCCCUUCGGGGUCCACUGCCUAA